AUGUCGAAACUUUGGAGUUGUAUUGCUCCAAAAAAUGAUGAAGAAAAAAAACGUGAGCAUAUUAAUAAACAAAUCAAUGCAAAAUUGAAACAUGAUGAAAAAAUUUAUAAGGCUACUUAUCGAUUACUUCUCUUAGGCGCUGGUGAAUCAGGAAAAUCAACAGUUGUUAAACAAAUGAAAAUUUUACAUAAUCCAUUUACCACACAAGAAAAAGUCGAUAAAAUUCCUGAUAUUAAACGUAACAUAAGGGACUCAUUAACUAGUAUUCUGCGUGCUCUUGAUAUGAUAAAUCCACCUGUGCGUUUAGAACAUCCAGAAAAUCAAUCACGUGCUACAUAUAUAUUAACAACAGCACAUCAAUUAGAUUUUGAAUAUCCCUCAGAAUUUUUUGAGCAUGUGGAAAUACUAUGGCGUGAUGCUGGUGUACAAGAAUGUUUUCAAAGAUCAAUUGAGUAUCAAUUGAUUGAUUCCGCUAAAUAUUUUCUUGAUCGUGUUAAUGAAAUCAAAAAACCAAAUUACAUGCCCAAUGAUCAAGACAUUCUUCGUUGUCGCGUUCUUACAUCUGGCAUUUAUGAAACAAUUUUUACUGUUGACCGUGUACGCUUCCAUAUGUUUGAUGUUGGUGGACAACGAGAAGAACGUCGAAAAUGGAUUCAAUGCUUUAAUGAUGUUACAGCCAUAAUAUUUGUUACAGCGUGUAGUGGUUUUAAUUUGGUACUUACUGAAGAUGAAAAUCAAAAUCAAUUGAGAGAAUCACUUGACUUAUUUAAAAAUAUUUGGAAUAAUCGAUGGUUAAAAACAAUUUCGGUUAUUUUAUUUCUUAAUAAGCAAGAUCUUUUAGCAGACAAAAUCAAAGCUGGCCAUCGACUUGAAGAUAAUUUUCCUGAAUUUGCACAUUAUGUUGUUUCACAUGUUGAAUUAGAUUCUUCUUUUUUGAAAUAUAAGAAAUCCGAACCAAAUGAAGAUCCAGAAGUAACUCGAGCUAAAUAUUUCAUACGUGAUGAAUUUUUACGAAUUAGUACAGCUGGUGGUAACAAUCGUCAUUCUUGUUAUCCACAUUUUACAUGUGCUGUUGAUACAGAAAACAUUCGUCGAGUAUUCAAUGAUUGUCGCGAUAUCAUUCAACGCAUACACUUGAGACAGUACGAAUUACUGUGA